GCCUAAUCCAGAAUACGAGACGGCUUCCCACGGCAAUCGCUGGAUUCAAUUCCAAUGGUCUACAGGUAUUUACAGCUCUUCGAAGCCCGAAGAUUUCGACGCCGUGAAUAAGGCCUGGGAGGAAAUCGUCCCAGCGUACGGCUUCGUCGCGGUUGAUCACGGAUGGGCUGCGGAGAAUCACCUCCCAUCGAGCAUGAGUCUUCCAUCAGAUUCUUCCAAAGGGGUGUAUAUUCUUGAUGCGUACCACCAAAUUCAUUGCCUUACGAUAAUUCGCCGCACUCUCCUAGAGAUCAGAUCUGGAGAAUCACCCAAACUUCCUCUCCAACAUUCUUGGCACUGCUUCGACAGCCUAUUGCAGUAUAUAGUAUGUGGGACAUCCGGAGAUACACUUCUCUACACAUGGGGACGGAAUCAAACUGGUGAUGGACAGGCACGGGAGUGUCUCGAUUGGAAGAGUCGGAAGGAGUGGAUUCGUCAGAGAACGGCUUGUUAUAAGGAUAGUGAGCAGCCCAUUCGACUAGUUGAUCAUUUUACGAGGUGUGAAGACGGUGAAAUGGAGAUUGGGGAUGGGAUUAGGUUGAGUAUGUAAUGGGGAGAUCUAAUAUGGAAUAAAAGAAUGGAAGAGAGAUGAAUGGAGAUAGAUACCUUCC